UAGAGUCAAGAACAGCCCACAACGGUUCAAAGUAAAGUAUGAAUGUCAGUGUUGCUGGACUGUGAGAUGUCACGUUGUCCUCUUUGAAUAUGAGGUCCGAAUCAACACUGGGUCAUCAGAGAUGCUGAGCCAAAAAAUCAAGGACUUGCAAGCUCCUGAUUUAAAAACGAAAUUAAUACUUUGUUUAAUUUCCUAUCCUUUUUGUUUGUCAAUCCCAAACAUUUAAUUUAGGACUAUUUCUGCUGAAUAAACCUGCCAACAUAUUCCAGUUCACCUGUUUCAACCGCCUCAAUGGCAUUUUUAAUGAAAAAGAAGAGGUUCAAGUUUCAAAUCUAUUUUACAUUGGACGAGCUCACGGCCGUACCGUUUGUCAAUGGGGUACUUUUUUGCAAGAUCCGAUUGUUGGACGGUGGGGACUUUGCCGUCUCAUCAUCCAGAGAGGAGGACCAAUGCGCAGCGUGGGAGGAGGUCCAACAGAACUGUGUUCGUUGGAAGAAGAAGUUCUCCUUCAUCUGUAAGAUGAGUGCCAGUCCCACCACUGGAGUCCUGGACCCCUGCAUCUGCAGGGUCUCUGUACGCAAGGAGCUCAAAGGAGGAAAGACGUUUUCAAAGCUGGGCUUUGCUGACCUCAACAUGGCAGAGUUUGCUGGCUCAGGCUCCACUGUGCGCUGCUGUAUCCUCGAGGGCUACGACACUAAGAACACUCGUCAGGACAACUCCAUUCUCAAGGUUACUAUUGGAAUUACACUUUUGUCGGGGGAUCCUUGCUUCAAAACGCCCCCCAGCACAGCCAAGUCCAUCUCGAUCCCGGGCCAGGACCCCUCCCUGCAGCUGGACUGUAAAGGCGAGGGCACCGAUGCCAACUCAAACCCUCCCCCAGGGGGCGUCAUCAGGACAUCAUCAGGACGGCCCCUCAAACCCAGACUCCCCUCAGCUCCCCUCAACUCUGGUCUACCCGAGCAGUUGGAGCAGAGCCUGCCCAGCCCAGAUGAGGUCUUCCACAUAGGACACUCCCGGAACUCCAGCUAUGCCAGCCAGCAGAGCAAGAUAUCAGGGUACAGUACGGAGCACUCUCGCUCCUCCAGCCUAACAGACCUCACACACCGGCGUAACACCUCCACAAGCAGUAGCACUUCUGGGGGCCUGGCCACCCCCACCCAGACCCCCCACGCACAUGCACACGCCCUCGCCAACCCUCACCCUCUUGCAGCAGACCCCCAGACAACCGGUGAGCCUGGCACCAAGUGUGAGAGACCCCCGCGGCCACCGCGGCCCAUCCUGCUCUCCAACAGACCCUCUAGGAGGAAGAAGGACACGGUUGAGAGUCAACCCACCUGGGUGGAUGAUACCCGCAUCGACGCCGACGACAUCGUGGACAAGAUUAUCCAGAGCCAGAACUUUGCAGAUGUCAGCAGCCAUGAAGAAGACAGCAACCUCAGAUUGUUUGUCAGCAAAGAUGGGACUACAGCCCUAAGUGGGUUACAACUGGGGAACAAGGUGACUGCUGGCGUCUUUGAGCCAGUGGUGAUCGAGAGCCACUAGCGAUGAGUGUGUGUGUGUUCACACAAAUGCACAUACCCCUGUCUUUUGAGUUACACCACUUCAACAAACACCACUAAACUACAUAUGUAACCAUUUAAUGAGAUAUUGACGGUGAUGGUGGUGGGAGGUGUAAUUUAUGAAUAAUCCAUUCAUGUAGAAAAGUUUUUAUAUUCAUGCUUUCAUCUGGGGGACCAUAAGUGUAAAGUGUGCCAACUACUUGAUAGAGAGAGAAAUGGGAAACCAUUGCACCGUGGGAGUUGUAGUGAAACACUGAAAAUCAGGAAAAAGCUUGCCACACAAGUUGCGUUGGAGGCAAAUGUGGCUGCCUCAAAAAGUUGGAAUGUUAUGAUUUACCCUGUUUGUAUCAUUUUUGAACAACGUUUGUGUAUGAUAAUGGUUGGGGAUACAUUUAGUUAUUCAAAUAACAAAUAUAAAUUCAAAUGAGGGGAGAUUACUUUAUCAAAGAAAGACUUGGUUACAAACUACUAAAUAGAGAAAUUGAACAGGCCAUUUGAACUAGGCUUGAAUGGGUGGUUUUCAAUGUGAAAUGUUCUAUAUUUGAUGACCCCUUGCAAUCCCCCAAUUUCAGAAACCGUACCAGACCUGGGGUCAAAAUUACGGUAUAGCCCAAAGAACCCAUGUUAUACAAUAAAAUUAUAUAUACAUUAUAGAAUAUAUUAUAAAUGACAGAAUGUUUUAGAAUAUAGGCUUAUAUAUAAUAUGAUCAUAGAUCAUGUUGAAAUACGGACCUCAGAAAGAGAAACGAGUGCACAUAUGGCUGGCCAUAUGCAACUGUACAUACGGCAUGGUCAAUGAUUCAUCCAUUACUCUAGUCUAGGUAAAUGCAGGCAGGAUUGGUAAUCAAUUACUGUGGUAUAGGUAAAUUCAGGAAGGAUUGGUAAUCAAUUACUGUGGUAUAGGUAAAUGCAGGAAGGAUUGGUAAUUGAUUACUGUAGUCUAGAUAAAUGCAGGCAGGAUUGGUAAUCGAGUACUGGAGUCUAGGUAAAUGCAGGCAGGAUUGGUAAUCGAUUACUGUAGACUAAGCCCUUGAUCCUCUCCUCUUUACAUCCGUAAUGUGAGACACUAUCCUCAAGCUCACCAGCUGGCUUGGUGACUAUACCGUAAGUGGAAAAGUUGGAAAAUCAGAGGGGGACAUUUCUGUCCUUGUUGUUGUCUGUCUGUCUGUCUGUCUGUCUGUCUGUCUGUCUGUCUGUCUGUCUGUCUCAGUAGUUUUGUCCCUUGACUGUCGCUCAUUUGUCCUGUAUGUCAGACCCAAUUAUUUUUUUGUGUGUCUGUCUGUCUGUCUGUCUCAGUAGUUUUGUCCCUUGACUGUCGCUCAUUUGUCCUGUAUGUCAGACCCAAUUAUUUUUUUGUGUGUCUGUCUGUCUGUCUGUCUCAGUAGUUUUGUCCCUCGACUUUCGCUCAUUUGUCCUGUAUGUCAGACCCAAUUAUUUUGUGUCACCAUGCCCAUGACAUCCCUCCAAUUAAGUUUCUGGGAGAAAAAAAAAAUCUUCUUGAUCUGCAAGGAAGCCCUUUUGUAUUUGUGUUCUCAACAAAUCAAUGCUUACAGUGAGAUUCAAAAAGGAAACUCGACUGCAUAUUAUUUCAAAUAUGCUUUCUCAAUGCAAGCCAGGUCACUGAUUUUGAUUGAGUGGGGGCCCUUAAAUGGUUUGGUUACUGAAGUGGGUUACUAAAGAUGGCUGGCUAACUUAGUAAUCCUUCUUUGUGAAAUACCUUCUAUGUGGGCUUGGCUCGAACUGUCCAACUGUUGCCCUUCCACUAAGCCUCAAUAUCACCAGUCGUUAUCAAGCGUAAUGAACUGACAAUUGAAUAAGGGCUCUAAUGAUAAAACUGACAGUGGUAUCUGGUCAUCUUCAUUUAAUUGAACAAGCUAUUCUAUUUGCAGGGGAGAAAUGUAAUUUUAUUUCUGUCGCCCCCGGAUUUUGAUCCCGUUAGAAGAACAUUGCAUUGUGAUUAUGGUGUUGUCAGAGCCAAUCAGAGCUAACAAUGGAGGAUUUUGAGUAGAAACUCCGCUCUCAUCCCCAAAUGACAAUGGCCUCUUGUAUGUGUGUUUGUGCCUGCGCAUAUCUUUUUUAGGGAGGGAGUGGAAAAGAGGAAAUGUCCAUGUGUGUGUGUGUGUACUUCUGUGUGUGUGUGUACUUCUGUGUGUGUGUCUAUGUGUGUGUCUGUGUGUGUGUCUGUGUGUGUGUCUGUGUGUGUGUGUGUCUGUGCGUGUGUCUGUGUGUGUGUCUGUGCGUGUGUCUGUGCGUGUGUCUGUGUGUGUGUCUGUGUGUGUGUCUGUGUGUGUGUCUGUGCGUGUGUCUGUGUGUGUGUCUGUGUGUGUGUCUGUGCGUGUGUCUGUGUGUGUGUCUGUGUGUGUGUCUGUGUGUGUGUCUGUGUGUGUGUCUGUGUGUGUGUCUGUGCGUGUGUCUGUGUGUGUGUCUGUGUGUGUGUCUGUGCGUGUGUCUGUGCGUGUGUCUGUGCGUGUUUCUGUGCGUGUUUCUGUGUGUGUGUCUGUGUGUGUGUCUGUGCGUGUGUCUGUGUGUGUGUCUGUCUUACUUAUCGCCCUUAGUCUGUUCAUUUGAAAUGUAUUUUAAAGGAAAAGUGCAAUAUGGGCUUUCAUCUACACACCUGUAGCUUCAACAUAGCUUCCUAACAAGGAUGUUGUUUUUUACAACAGACAUAAGGUGUCCCAAAUGGCACCUUAUUCCCUACAUAGUGAACUACUUUUGAACACAGCCCUGUAUAGAGAAUAGUGAUAUUUGGGACACAGACAUUCACAGCAUACUGAGAGUUGACAUUCAGAGGCGCAGAGAAAAAUGUCUCCUGACUGGCCCUUUAAAAAGUAAAUUGGGCUGUGUGUGCUGUUGCAAUGUGCUUUUUUGUGUGUAUUUCACUCUCCACCUUGUGUCAUUGUCAUUGUAGAUGCUGUGUGCAUACUGUAUGUGAAAAAAAAGAAACAAUGAAUGCAUAAACUUUAACUUCACUGACGUGCAUACACAUGCAUGGGGAAAUGUUGACAGGUUUUCUUAGCUUCAUGUGUAUGUGUCAAGCUGAUAUGGACCAUUCAACUCUAUUUCAUCAACUUUGAUUAUACAAGCCCUCUGUAACACAGUGAAUCUGUAUUUUAGCGUGAGCUUCUUUUACAACGAAACCAAUUGAUUUCUUUCAUUACACUGUUACACUGUCUAUCUCGUAGUAGUGUAGUCCCAAGCAUUUUAUUCAUGGUAAUGGUUAUAAUGGCAAACACUUGAUUCAUAUUUGACUUGUUUUAACUUUUACCAGCUGGCUGGUUUAUUUGUUCUAUGCAGCAGAGAUGUAUUGGUAAACCUGUACCUGUGCUCUACUUUGAAACAUUGAAAAAUCAAGUAUACAAAAAAAAUAUAUACACUAAAGAGUUGUAAUAAUUGGUUAUUUCUGAUUCCCCUGCUACUGUUUUUAUUUUUACAAGAGGGCUCAUUGUAUAUUUCUUAAAUUGUUUGGGUUCUGUUUUCCUACAUUCUUGACUAUUUGUAACCUGUGAUUCUUCUAACAAACGAGUUGAACCAAUAUGUUAACAUGAGGUUCUGCUGUCAUGAAUGGAGCGCUAAGGAUUUUCUGCUGCUUAUUUGAAAUGUGAAUUAAUCAACACAUCACUAUGGAGGGUGAGGUUUCUCUGAUGCAACACAUCACUAUGGAGGGUGAGGUUUCUCUGAUGCAACACAUCACUAUGGAGGGUGAGGUUUCUCUGAUGCAACACAUCACUAUGGAGGGUGAGGUUUCUCUGAUGCAACACAUCACUAUGGAGGGUGAGGUUUCUCUGAUGCAACACAUCACUAUGGAGGGUGAGGUUUCUCUGAUGCAACACAUCACUAUGGAGGGUGAGGUUUCUCUGAUGCAACACAUCACUAUGGAGGGUGAGGUUUCUCUGAUGCAACACAUCACUAUGGAGGGUGAGGUUUCUCUGAUGCAACACAUCACUAUGGAGGGUGAGGUUUCUCUGAUGCAACACAUCACUAUGGAGGGUGAGGUUUCUCUGAUGCAACACAUCACUAUGGAGGGUGAGGUUUCUCUGAUGCAACACAUCACUAUGGAGGGUGAGGUUUCUCUGAUGCAACACAUCACUAUGGAGGGUGAGGUUUCUCUGAUGCAACACAUCACUAUGGAGGGUGAGGUUUCUGAUGCAACACAUCACUAUGGAGGGUGAGGUUUCUCUGAUGCAACACAUCACUAUGGAGGGUGAGGUUUCUCUGAUGCAACACAUCACUAUGGAGGGUGAGGUUUCUCUGAUGCAACACAUCACUAUGGAGGGUGAGGUUUCUCUGAUGCAACACAUCACUAUGGAGGGUGAGGUUUCUGAUGCAACACAUCACUAUGGAGGGUGAGGUUUCUGAUGCAACACAUCACUAUGGAGGGUGAGGUUUCUCUGAUGCAACACAUCACUAUGGAGGGUGAGGUUUCUGAUGCAACAUAUCAUCAGAUAUUUGUCAUCGCUUUUCAGCCACUAUAUCACCUACAUUUUGUGGGUUGAAGAACUUGGUAGGUAAGAGGAUGGCAGUCAAGACAGAUUGCUCUCUGAAAGACCGAGUACUGUAAAUCACUUUCAUUGUUCAAUCAGAUAUUAAAAAUCAAUAAUUUCUUUGAAUAUCAUCAUUUGCAAACUCACAUGGACCUUUCCUAAGGCUAAUCAGCUCAGUAGGUAGGGGAACCAGAAUUUAAUGGGGACCAGAUAUACCAUUCCUCUGUCUGAACCUUGGCUGGUAUGAUAUUCAUGAUAACAGCACUUAGGUCUGGACUACUAACUUAACAUAACAUUUUAUCUAUUUCAAUUAUUUAUCCUCUAUUUCUUUUAUUUUUGUUCAUCUUUGUAAAGGGAUUUUAAAACUAUGCACACGAGUCCAAGACUCUCUGAGAGGUCCACCCAAACUCAUGACCUUAAGAAUUAUAAUAUUAAUAAUAAGAGAUGUAUAUGAUUUAAAAAGUCAACAGUUAAUGAAUUUAUAUCAAUAGACGACUAUUGAAAUUACUAUUUUUCUGAUUUUCCAGAAUUAUUUAGACAUUUAUUGUAAACACACACACAGGUAUUGCUCCAAAGUUUAUCUUUUUUUUUUCUCCUAAAAUGCAUUUAUUCUAUCACAUUCAACUCACAUGUGGAGGGAUACUGUGACAUGAUGAAUUGGAACUAUAUCUGUACACACAUUGUAAUGUUUCCUAUUCAAGAUGGUAAAUGUCUAUUUGAACAAUUUAAAUAUUUUUGGGAAAUAAAGCUGUUGUUGGGUAUCUAAAAAAA